AUGAAGACUUCAAUUGCUGCGAUCGCUAUCACUCUGGUAUGUUUGGUGUCAUUCGUGGCAGCCGAUCACCAAAUGGUGAACGACAUGAAAGCUACUGACGUGAACCCCACCAAGCGCGGAAAAGGUAGCUCCUCGCUGUCCGUUCCAGUCGGUGUCAUCAGCAACAAGUUGAAUGCCAAGAACAACACUAUCCUUGUGACAGAUAGCAACAUUGUCAUCUCGCUGAGUGACCACGUGCAACUUGCAGACAUCAUCAAAGAGAUUCUGCCGAACGCCCAAAAAACGGGCUCAGCUAUUACCAUGAGUACUCAAGACCUUUUUGAUAUUUUGGCACGCAUCGUGACGACACCCAGCGUGCUUUCUAGCGCUGUGGGUAUCAUAUCGGCGGCAAAGAGUGGUGACACUGGGGCUUUAGCCGGUCACGUUGUGGACCUUCUGCGUGCAGUAGUCCCGGCAACUAAUACGAAGGCAUCGGUAGUGGCCCCAACUACUGCCCCACUAUCUACUCCGACUCUUUCUCAAGCUCCCGCUGUCACUCCUGCCGACACCCCAGCAAAUCUUGCUAUCUCCAUGGCACCAACGUACAUUCGCUCGACAAUGUCGCCCUCAGUCGCCCUUACUGCUGCAACUACCACCUCGACGUAA